AUGCAAGAGCAGCUCGAGGCAGUCGAGAAGGCAGGACGCGACAAGGCGGCUGCGACUGCCCGCGCUGCUCAAGACCGCCGAAAUGAGAUCGCUGCUCUACAUCGCAGCCGCGACCACGAUGUCCAGGCCGCUCGGUUGGCCGGGGACCUCGUCGGCGCCAAGCAGAGCGUUCUUCCAGUCAUGAUGGCGCCGCCAACGACGCUCUUCUUGAGCACCCACGCUCCGAGAUUGGCGCGGACGACGAUUCCGACGCCGACGAGCUUCCUCCCGCUCCUCCGUCGGCUCCCGCACGCGUCGAGCCUCCUGCUGGGGCUCUCGGUCUCGGACGUGGUGGUGGUUCGGGUGGUGCUCUUGGCCGCGGUGGUGCUCUCGGUCGUGGUGGCGGUUCUGGCCGCGGUGCUUCCGACGACGACGACGACGAUCGCCUCGGUGGUCCUUGCGAUCACCAACGCCUUGGCCGAGCAGUUCAGCUGCGCGCCGUGGGUCGUUUUUGUUCACGAGCGCCAGAGCUACCUCCAACAACGAGAGUUUGGCUCUGUGUCCGUUGCGGGCCUUCGCGCGAUCGACAGCCACAUCGCCCUCGCCGAGUCCAUCUGGGUCGACCACGGGCAAGCGAUGCUGGAGCGUAUCCUCUCCAUCCAGUCGCCCGAGGUCCUUGCGCGCAAGGCUGCGCUCGAGACCACCAUCGCUCAUUUGCUGAUCGACCUUCAAGGACUGCGCUCGAAGAAGUUGGUCCCGGCCAACACGCACAAGUUCCUUGCGUACCGCAUUCGGACUUUCCUCGCAUAA